UGCUCGAAAAGCCAGUGCUCUUGUAUUCACCUACCGAUAUUCGCGAUGAUAUGAGGACGGCCUGAACCAACACUCGAGUUGUUCGAUGGUUUUUGAAUAAAUAAAGGAAGAAAGUACCUAAAUGGUUCCGGGCUGGCCGAGGGUCGGAAGGCGCCGCGCGUCACAAACGAUUGAGGGGCCGAGACUCAUCAACGCUCAAGUGACCUGAAGACAUCAACUCUCGACCAGACAGACGGGGCGGCAUAUUGCUAUCCUCCUGUUGACACUGCAAUCGAAAUGUAUCCAACGAGCGCUUCCAUCAAGCUGCCAAGAUGAUUCUGUCCAUCUCGAUGCCAAAAGGCGGCCGCUUUCUUCGCAAACCAGACUUCCUCAGGUCUCGACAAGUCGACGAAAUCGCCUCUACGAAUUCAAAGAUACCUCUGGAAUUGGACGAGCUGUUAGAAAGUGUCGCAGAAGAGCAGGAACCAGACCUCGGUGAUCUGAACAAAGCACUCGGCGCGCUGGUCGACAUAUUCCCCGACGUGCAACCUGAUGUCUUUCGAGAGAUGCUUCUGAGCCUCAGCAAUGAAAGCAGACUAGAGGUUGUGACUGAACAACUGCUGAGGAACGGAGCCCAAUACAUUCAAGGACGUUACAGGAAGAAGCCAAAGGACGACGACACGACACAGACACGCCGCCUGGAUGCUCUUCCCAAGGACGACACUUUUCGGAGCGACAAGUACAAGCGUGUCGUCAAGGACACCAUGUAUAACGAGUUCAAAAGUCUAAGUCACUCGUCCAUACGCGCCGUUCUGGCCGAGCACAACUACUCAUACACCCUCGCUCGCCCGACACUGCAACACCUCUCUUCCAAAUCAUGGAGGGCAACCAUUUCCACCUUCUUCACGAGGAAACGUCCCGCCACUUCCGAUCCUGACCUCCACCCUCACGUGGAGUGGCUACCCAACUCUUCUGAACCCUCGAACUUGUUGCCCUACCUCAAGCGAACAGGUUGCUUAGAACUGGACCAAGAGUUGUACCGUGUAUACAUCGCGCCCGUCUUGGUGCGACAGAACCAGGAACGACUGGACAAGGAUGAGAUUCUGGCAAAAGAGAUCAACGAGACCGAGGCCGAAGAAGCCAAUGCUCUCUUUGACUGCGAGUGCUGCUUUACUUCCUACCCUUUCGAGUACAUAUCUACGUGUGACACCCAUGCUGGCCAUAUUAUCUGUUUCCGGUGCAUAAAGCUUGCUGCCAACGAGGCUCUAUACGGCCAAGGAUGGGCAAGAAGCAUCGACAUGGCAAAGUCCUCUUUACGAUGUCUGGCUCCCUCCGUCCCCGAAUGUCAAGGAUCCAUUGCUCCACAGCUUGUCCGAAGAGCCUUGUGCACGGAGAAAGACGGCACCACCAACUGGCAGAAGUUCCAGGAGCGUGUGACCUCGGAGAAUCUGGUCAAGAGCCAGCUGCCUCUGUUGAGAUGCCUUUUCUGUCCCUAUGCCGAACUUGAUGAGCCGACUGGCAUGAGGUUCAAGGAUCCGAUGACCUUGACUGCUCAUCUCGUUCACAUGCCUAUGGACCCACUGAAAUCGUUGAUUGCAGUGCUAUUUAUUUUGGUCUAUCCGCUGCUAUGGGUUGUGCUAUACCCUCUUCUGGUUCUGGUUGCUGUGCUCGACGAGCCGACCCACGCUUGUGUUCAGGCAUCUCGGACCCGCACGGUCCGCCGAAGAAGAGGUCUGCGAUUCACUUGCCAGUCUCGGACAUGUGGAAAAAGUUCGUGCACAAAUUGCGGCAGUCUAUGGUCAGAUCCCCAUACCUGCAACGAAGACUCUCUACAAUCGCUUCGGCAGGCCAUCGAGGCUGCCACAACAAGCAGCAUAAAGCGAACUUGCCCGAAAUGCAAUCUCAGCUUUGUGAAGUCGAGCGGCUGCAACAAACUUGUGUGCAACUGUGGAUACACAAUGUGUUAUGUUUGUCGUCAGGAGAUUGGAAGGGAAGGUUACGGGCAUUUCUGUCAACACUUCAGAGCACUUGGUGGUCGUUGUGCAGAGUGUGAUCGAUGCGAUCUGUACGUUGUUGAAGAUGAGGAAGGCACCAUUCGAAGAGCCGCGAUCGAGGCGGAGAAGCACUGGCUGGAGCGGGAAGGAAAAAGUAAAGAUAUUGACGACAAGCUUGGAGCUGUGGUCAAGGAUGUCCUUGCCAGCGCCACGGGUGGGAAGCGAUGUGAUUAUGAUGCAUGGCUAGAUUUCUUCAUGGCGAUUGUUUUGGAGUGAGAUAUGGAUGGAUGGCGUCAGGACAUGAGAGAUACCCCUUUCAAGCAUGGCCUCUCGGAAGCAGGCAUUUCGUUUACUAUUAUUUUAAUCAAGGCUUAGAGACGAAGAACUUGUGCUUCUUCAGCUGAUCCAGAGAAAGCGGUUUGGCAGAUGACGUGUCGAAUGAAUUGUCCGUCUUUGAUGUGAGGAAAUAGACCUUGUCGAUGCCAGUGCUCUCGAUGAAUGACAACACUUUUGAGAAAUUCAAGCCUACCUGACUGGUGGCGUGGCUGUCGUCGGAAAGAGCGAAACGACCUCCCUUCUUGAUGAAUUCCUACUA